AUGUUUUCGGUUAGCUGGAAAUCUGCAAAUGGAUCCUACCUGAAUGAAAGUGAACGUUAUUUUAAUUAUUGGUUCUAUUCUCAACUUUUUUUUCUUGUUACACUGACAUCUUGGCAUUUUUAUUUUCAUUUUUUCAAAAAGGAAUUUUUUGUCAAUAGUACUCCUUAUUUCAACUUUUUCUUGAAACUCCAUCUUUUUUAUAUGUAUCUGCUUUGUGGAUCUCUUAUAUUUUCUGAAGAAGUUCAAAAAUGUUGCGUGAUGAUUUCAUCAGGUCUCAAACUUUUUUCAUUUUCUAUUGAAAUUUUGUAUUUACAAACAAAUAUAACUGGGACUUUUCUGAUCAUUACAUUUUUGAAUGCCAUACGAGUAGUAUUUUCGAUUGAUGAGAAUAUCACAUUUUGGAAAUUAAAUAUCAAGACAAACUACCUAUUCACAAUAAUUGCAAUUAUAUACAUAAUUUGGAGUCAUCCAUGUAACUUAUAUGAUCCAUUUGUAUUUCGAUUUCCACAAACUGAUCAAAACUCCUUUGUAAUUGUGUCGUUGAAUAGUGUGACUUCUGGCCUUACUUCUUUACUACUGUGUUACAAGGUUUUAAAAUUGAAAAAGUCUGGAAUACAACCGAAUCUUCAAUAUUCUUGUCAAAUAAUUCAACUUAUAUCAACUAUUGCAGUAAUUGAAUCAUACUUGAUAUUCAACACAGUGUCUGCUUUAAUAUCUGGUUAUCAAUUAACAAACGAAUGUACAAUCAAUGUUAAUGAUAUUUUUCAAGCAGACAUUAUUCAUUUUAUGCACUUUUUCAUAACAUUUGCAAUGGAAAUGUGGUAUUUAUUUGACAACUCCAGAGUUGAACCACAAAAUUCUAUGGAAAUUGAUUGUGAAACUAGUGUGUAA